GAGAGCGCCGCAGCGACCGCGCCGAGCGCAGAGGGUGCCGCCGACGAGGGCGAGGAGGCACCGUGGCUGGCGCCGCCCGCCGCCGCCCGACCUGACGAGUGCGUCCUGCGAGUGGCCCCGGACGCGGCGCCGGCCCCCCCGCCCUGCCACCGGUCCCUACGCUGCUGCCGCAGGCGCAGCUCCAGCGCCGUCGUGGCAGCGCCUGGCUCGCCCGUGGCAGCGCGGCUCCAGGGCGCGGUGGCACCCGCCGCCAUCGGCGCGGGGCGCUCUCCGGCCGCGGCGGGCGGCCCUGGAGCGGCGCGGGCGGGGGAGGAGGGCCCCGCGGCAGAGGCACCUUCCAGCCCACUGCCGGCGGCCUCCAGGGACCUCGUCAUCCAGUACGCCGCCGCGCGGCAGCACCCGGACUUCGGCAAGCCGAAGUUGGUGUUGCGGGUUCAGGACACUGGGGGCCAGCCAGUCUUCGUGCAGCUGGUCGAGCGCCUUAUGUCCUCCGCCGCCACGGUGUACAUGGUGGUCUUCUCCAUCCCAAAGUUGCUCAAGGCGUUUCCCGUGCACGUCAAGAGAGUGACCGACCACCUCUUGGCGAUAGCGGCGUUCGCCGAGAACGCCCCAGUGCUGUUGGUCGGGACGCGGAAGGGCGACGUCUCUGCGGCCGAGCUGCGGAGCGUGAGCGACCAGCUGCAUGCACACAUCGAGCAGCGCUGCCCGCCUUCCGUCGUCCGCAUGGCGCUCAGCGGGGGGGGCGCCGGCGGGACCUGCUUCUUCGCUGUGGAGAACUCCAAGGGUUACGUGGGCGACGAGCUUCCCUCGAUGAGGCAGCGGGUGCCGCUGGCGUGGCUGCAGGUCUACGACGCGCUGCGGCGCUUGUCGAGUCGCCAGCGCCACGCCUCCCUUGGAAAGGUCCGGGAGCUGGCGGAGGCCCACGGUAUGCCCCAUUCAGGGCUCACCUUGGAGCAGGAGGUCGCCUCGAUGCUCCAGUUCCUCCACUCGCUGAACGCCGUCCUGUGGUGGGGGGGCGUCCCGGACCUGAAAGACCUCGUCAUCCUCGAUCCGCAGUGGAUGAUCGACGCAGCCUCCUGCUUUAUCCGCGACUUUGGGCUUCGCGACCACACCGAGGGCUGGGAGCAGAUGCGGCCCUUCGACGAGAGGGCCCGGCGCGAGGAGCCCGAGGCGUGGAAGGAGCUGGCGCAGGGCGGCGGGGUCCUGCACAAGUGCGUGCUCGACAUCCUCUGGCAAAGCCAAGACUUCUCGGACCACCAGCAGGAGCUGAUGCUGCUGAUGCACCAAUUCGGGCUCCUGGUGCCGAUCCCCAACAAGGUCGACCAGUACCUCGUCCCCGCGCUGCUGGACCGGCUGGACCCAGGCACGGCGCAGGGCCCAGCCUGGCGCGCACUGCGCAGAGGUCCCCAGCUCCGCGUGCACUUCGCACUCGCGGGGCAGGGCCGCGCCGAGGACCAGGUGGUCCUGGAUGCCUCGGACCUCCCCACGGGCGUCGCGCCGGCCGCCACGUUCGCUCGCUUCUGCACGGCGGCCCUGGCCUGCGGCGCCGGGGCCGCGGAGGGGUGGGUGCUGCGCCAGGACAAGGCCCUUGUGACCUUCGGGAAGCAGCAGACCAUCCUCGCCCACGACCCCGAGAACUCCAGCAUCUGCGUGCACUUUGACGCCGAGCAGGGCGGCGGCAAGGGCAUCGUGGUCGACUUCAUCCGGGUCCUCCUGGCCGAGGACCUGUCAAACUACCCCAACCUCCGCGGCCGGGUGCUGGCUCCGCUGCCCAGCAGCCCGGGCAAGUGGGUCGAUUUACUGGCCCUGCCCGGCGCCCCCGCCGAGUCGCUCCCCGCCCCUGGCCCGUCCGCGCCGUGCCGCCGGGAGCUGAAGGAGGAUCUCAUGUUCGAGUGGUUUACCAUGAGCUGCGACUUCUUCUUCGUCCGUGCCGCCAAGCUCCGGGAGGCCUCAGACGCGGAGUUCCCGAGGAUGGUCACGCUGCAGGAGAUGAGGUCGCGGUUCCCCGACUGGAUCGAGCGCCGCACGAUAGAUUUCGACUCCGUGGUGAAAGGUGAGUACCGAGACCGGUACCUUGCGGUCAGCCACCGGUGGGAGGACCCCGAGCACCCAGACUUGGCCAACGAGCAGCUCACAGCCUUGAAGAGUUAUCUCGUCGAGCACUCGGAGGUCGAGUAUGUGUUCUACGAUUUCAUCUCGCUCCCGCAGGGCGGCCGGAAGAGCAGGACCCUGGAGGACAACGCGGCGUUCUACACCAUGCUCUCAAACAUGGUGUUCGUGUAUCUCGGCGCCAGGGUCCUUGUCCUCCUGGACUACGCGUACAUGGGCAGGUUCUGGACGCGGUUCGAGGCGUGGGUGUCGAUGCUGCGCAUCACGGAGGAGGGUCUGGAGCAGGAGGUGGAGGAGGAGGGUGUGGAGCCCCGCUGCGAGAUCCGGUGCGUCCACGGCGCGCACGACAGCCUCGCGGUCGCACUAAGGGAGGCCUACACCUACGAGGGCCUGCGGGACGGGUCGGCCGAGGCGGCCGUGCGCACCCUCUCCGCGGACAGCGUGCAGGUGACCAACGGAUCCGACAAGAGCGUGCAGCUGGGCAAGAUCCCCCUCCUGGACGUCAUGGCCCGCCGGCACGCGCUCGGCGCGGGCAGGAGCUCAGCGGCCAGCGCGGCGGAGGAGCUCAGGGGCGCGGCGCCGGAGCCGCCCGCGGCAGCGAGCGCCGCGAGGCCGUCUCGGGCGACGAGGAGGGUCAGGCGCAGGGCGCCGCCGAAGGAGCAGUUGGCGCAGGACGCCGAUGAGUCGCAGGUGGAGGGCCUCGCAGAACUCCUGGACGCGGCGGACUUGUCGGACGCGGCGGCGCGGCGGGCGUGGGAAUGGUGCAGGGAGGAGGAGGUGACGCGGGCCUCCGACGUCCUGAGGUUCGAGGACGACUUCGUCGCCGCCCUGCAGCUCAAGAGGAUUCCCGAGGCGCGCCUCCGCGACGCGCUGCGCGAGCUGAGGGAGGCGGCUGGCAAGAGUGGCGGGAGUGCCAUCGGCCUGGCGCGGGAGUGA